CAUGAGGUAACUUACUGUCUGCCACGCCAUGAAGGGACAUUGCACUUAGCUAUUCCUGAGUUGGACUACCAAUUCUAUAAAGUAUGACUGUGAUCCUCCUGCUUUCAUGGCUCUUGUGCUUGGUAAACUUACUGCACAGGAAAGGCUGAUAUGAUGAAGUAUGAGGUGAGAACCAAAUGGCCAAAUUUUGUAUCUGGAACAGGAGCCAUGCUGACUUUUUUAUAUACCAUAAUGUAAUCCCAAACAACUGCAAAACUGCCAAGUAACAAAAAUCAAGCUGUUCCAUCCGCUCAGACCAAAAUCCUGGCUCAGCAGGAGGCCUGUGCACAGUGCCUGGAGACAACAACAAGGGACAAAGCUCUCCCCUGCAACACAGCCAGGACAGGCUUUGAACUCAGCCUCUGAAACUGCAAAGCGCUCAUUUUGUUGUCCAUGGAUAAUCCACCAGGCAAAAGCUGGACAUUGCUCUCUUUUAUUCUGCAUAUGCAAUUGCAACACUCGAAAAGAAAGCUCUUCAGAACUGCUGACGCCUGGACGGGCAGCCCCAAGGCGGGGCCAUGGGGAUUUAUUUAGUUCACUGCUGCAGAUGAUGCCUUUAGUGCCACAAACAGCCCUGGAAGCAACUCCUAAUCAUCUGGGGGGUGAUUAUGGUCAAUUCUUUCUCCCCAAACCCCCCAGAUACAAAUCAGAUCCAAACUGGAGAGACAGGCAGGCACGGAAGAGGGGACACCGGCACCACACAGCCCCCCCGAAGCCAUGUACAGGAGCAGCUUCCUCCGCGAGGUUCGCAAGGAGAAGUACGAGCGCUCGGAUGCCUACGAUGAGCUGCGGGGCUCCCCCGAAUUUGACAGCUUGGCCCAAGCCCAAGGCCUGGAGAACCUGCAGGAACUCAACGAGCGCUUCGCCAGCUACAUCAACAGGGCGCGCGUGCUGGAGCAGCGCAACACCAUCCUGCGCAAGCAGCUGGAGACCUUCCAGCGCAUGGAUGAGCUGGUGGGCUUGGACGAAGCCUUCGCUGGGCAGAUCGAGUUCAACCGCCAACGAAUGCGGGAGCUGGCGUCCGACCGGGCCAAGCUGGAGCGGGAGGAGAAGGAUGCCCAGCGCAUGCUUGAUGAGUAUCGCAACAAGUACCGAAAUGAACGUGAAUAUCAGCAGAAGCUAAAAGAGACCCUUGAACGCCUGAAUAAGGAAGCGGAUGAAGCCCUGCUGUGCAACCUGGAGCUGCAGAUCGAGUCCCAGUUCCUGCAGGAUGACAUUAAUGCCACAAAAGACAGAUACAAGAAGAACCUAAUGGAAAUCCAGACCUAUGUCAACAUUUUACAGCAAAUCAUCCAGACAACCCCUCGCGUGUCCCCUAUAACUACUGGCAUAUCUGAGGAAAAACUUGUAGCAGAAAGGAGGAUCCCUGUUCUUCAGAGCCAGCUGGAGGAAUACAAGAGCAUCCUCUGCCAGCUACAGGCUCAAAAGUACAAGUUGCAGACAGAGACAACUAUGCUGGAGCAAGCGAUAAAAAACACCCAGGAGAGUUACGACGACGAAAUUCAGCUUUACAACGAGCAGAUUGAGAACCUCAGGAAGGGGAUAGAAGAAGCAGAGAGGACCUUGGAGAAGUACACGACUGACUGCCGCCAGCUGGUGAUCUACCAGCAGUCCCUGGAGAACGAGCUGGAGCGCUACAAGCGAAUCAUUGAGAACGAGGACAGCCGGUUAAACUCUGCUAUAGCAGGAACGCCAGUCACACUCUUCACGCAGAUCUAUAGACCUGUCCAGCCUCAAGCUUCGAGGGGAAGAGAUAUCACCCAGGCUAUGCAAGAGAUUGCCAGUGUAAAGCCCAGACAAAAAGCGCUGACAAAGAAACUUUCCAGGAAAAAGGAGAUCAUGUCUAAAGACAUAACCGACGGGCUCUCGCCUGAAAAAAUGUAUGAAAGAACUGUGGAAGUUUUUGACCAAGAUCAGCUGGAAUUUAGACAUGAAGGUUCAGUCACAUGUGAACCUGGGCAGGAGGAAUUAGAACUUGUUGAAAAAGAAGCAGUCCCAGAGGACGUUCCUGAUGGAGCCCAGAUAAGUAAAGCCUUUGAUAAAUUGUGUAACAUUGUGAGGGAGAAAAUCAGAGUUUACAAGAGACCAGAGGCUAAAGCUGAUUCCCACCCCAAAGGGCGUUAUGUGCUGGUAACAGGGGAGGAAAGCUAUGAAGAACCUUGCUUCUCAUCUAUCCCAGCUGGGGGAGGAAUCACAGUUUCUACCAGCAAUGGGAAGGUAACGAUUGGUGGUGAUGUGGAGCCCAUACCAGAGCUGCCUGAACCUACUGAACCAUCAGAAAAAGAGAAAAGGGACAUCUGUGAAAGGAGAGACGAGACUGAAACCCAAGAUAAAUUGAAAGAGGAGGAGAGAGAAGAUCUGUUUGAAUGGGGCAAAAUAAGGGGGAAAAUUGAGCAAGUCACAAAGUAUCCAGACGUCUCUGAGCCCGAGGCAGUUCCUUGCCCGGGUCUGAUAAGCCCUGCUGAGCCAGGAGUACUUCAAGAGACAGAGCAUGACCGAGAAGAUAAACAGGGCCUCUUGUUCCGGGAAGCAGGCUUGCCUGGCUCCGUGAGCUACGAGAAGGUGGAGGUGGUGGAGUCCAUCGAGAAGUUUUCAGAUGACAGAAUUCAGACGUAUGAAGAGACAGCUAUGAUUGUGGAGACGAUGAUAGAGAAGACAAGCAAGAAGAAACCGGGUGACAAAGGCUCUUAAAUGACAAGCAGUCAACUUGUCUGGCAUAGUUAUUAAAUGAUGUAAUUUUUUUUUCCUGAUCGAAUGAUACAAUAGUGAGAUUUUUGCUGUUUGGUAUGGAACAGAUUGAUACUUUGGUGGCAAAAUUCUGUCUGAUGUAGGCUCGGCUGUGUUGUAACGAAUGUGAGACUGCUCCAGGACAAGGAGUAAAGGGCAGAUCCUAUGCAACUUAUUUUCACAGUAAGGACAAGUUGAAAUCAAUCAUCAUUACAGAGCUGCCUGACUUUCCGAAGUAUCCAGGGCAGAUUUGCCAGUGAGUAUUCCUCUACUUCUCCUAUAGCUGCAACGGGAUUCCCCAUCUCUCAGCUGCAAAUGUUAACUUGUGACACCUGAUUCAUUUAAUAAAAGCUUUGCCUUCUACAGAAAGUACCCACUGUGGCUGUGUGUUGCCUUUACUGUUGAAUAACAGGCUUCAUUGCUAAAAGUUAACCGAUAGAUGUGCAGGAGUCUUUCCAAAGGAGGAGCUGGAAAGUGAGUUCUCUAACCCGUUCCAAAUCUCUCUCACUCGCUGUCUUUAACUAGAGGUGACCUUGGGCAGAACACUCUUUUUGGAUUUGAAGACAAACCUGCUGUGCUUGAAAUAAGCUCGUACUGCACAUCUACUCAGAAUAGAAAUUGAAGUGCCACCAAAAUAAAGCAGGGGAAAACCCUUCUAAAAUACUCUAAAGGUGUUAUUUUUUCCUUCACCAGUAUUACUGAGGCAUUUAUGAGAGCAAACAAGCUUUUGAGCAGACUGCAGGCAGUUCAAAAGACUCUUCAUUUUGUUUGUUUCAUUUUUUCUUGUUGCUUAUUUCCUUGGAUUGUAGCAUUGUACAGAGUUUGAUGCUGCCACGUGAUCC